UCAGAGCGGGCGCUCACCGCGGAUCUCCCGCACUGUCGGGUGAGUGCGGACCCCGCCCGCCCUGGGUUCUCCCGCUCGACCACGCAGCCCCGCCCCGAGCCUCCGCCUCCCAUCCUCCAAGGGGCCAGCCCCGGCCCACCCGCCCGCUGCGGUGGGCGGCAGUCACGACUUGAGACACUCUCGAUCUGGAGCGAGGUGGCCGCUGGUGCUGCGCUGGGCGGAGCAGAGGCCCGGGAGGUGGGCAGGACCUGGCCAGGAGAGGCCCCAGGGCACACGCCACCGCCUGGCGGGAUGGACAUCCCGGGGACCUGGCACUGAGAGAGCACCACCUAAGUCCAGUGAGCCUGGGUUCCCCAAACCGUUCUAGCUGGCCACGAUGAUCCCUCCAAGUGGUGCACGCGAGGACAGCGGGGACAGGCUGACCAGGGAGGCGACAGGAACAGAGCAGCCGCCCUCUCCUGCGUCCACCAGCAGCUUGGAAUCCAAGCUCCAGAAACUAAAACGGUCACUUUCUUUCAAGACCAAGAGCUUGCGGAGCAAAAGCGCUGACAACUUCUUCCCAAGAACCAACAGUGACGUGAAAUCACAAGCAGACCUGCUGACCAAGACCAGCCCAAGCCCCAGCCCGAUACCCAUUCCUGGAAACCUGGCAUCCAUGCCCACGAGGGCUGGCCUGCACCCUGGCAGCAACAGCAAGGUCCACGCCUUUCAGGAGCAUGUCUUUAAGAAACCCACCUUCUGUGAUGUCUGCAACCACAUGAUCGUGGGAACACACGCAAAGCAUGGACUACGCUGUGGAGCCUGUAAAAUGAGCAUCCAUCACAAGUGUGCAGAUGGCCUGGCACCCCAGCGGUGCAUGGGCAAGCUGCCAAAGGGAUUUCGGCGUUACUACAGCUCCCCCUUGCUCAUUCACGAACAGUUUGGAUGCAUUAAAGAAGUUAUGCCCAUUGCUUGUGGCAAUAAGGUGGAUCCAGUGUACGAGGCCCUCCGAUUCGGCACAUCCCUGGCCCAGAGAACAAAGAAGGGCGGCUCAGGCAGCGGUUCUGACUCACCUCCCAGAACCUCGACCUCAGAGCUCGGAGAGGUUCCUGAAGAGGCUGAUGGGCCAGGAGACAGCUGUGACCUCAGGACACGCAGCAACAGUGUGUUUACAUAUCCAGAAAACGGUACCGAUGACUUCAGAGACCAAGCUAAGGCCAUAAACCACCAGGGACCUCUUUCCAAAGACCCAUUACAGAUGAACACCUACGUUGCCUUGUACAGAUUUAUACCACAGGAGAAUGAAGACUUGGAAAUGAGGCCAGGAGACAUGAUUACUCUUCUAGAAGACUCCAAUGAAGACUGGUGGAAAGGAAAGAUUCAGGACAGGGUUGGUUUCUUUCCAGCCAACUUUGUUCAGCGAGUAGAGCAGCAUGAAAAGAUUUAUAGGUGUGUUAGAACCUUCGUUGGCUGCAAGGACCAGGGGCAAAUCACACUGAAAGAGAACCAGAUCUGUGUGACUUCUGAGGAGGAACAGGACGGCUUCAUCCGAGUCCUGAGUGGGAAGAAGAGAGGCCUCGUCCCACUGGAUGUCCUGGUAGACGUGUGA